UCCAGGCUUUUGCAGCUUCCAAUGAAAGCCCUAGUCCCCAAAAUCCUUAAAAUCCAAAUCCAAAUCCAAAAAUUCAGCUCUCAACAAUGGAGGGAUUGAGCAAAUCGGUAGCCGAUUUGAUAGUUUACGAGCAUCCAUCGCAGAGCAAGGAUGUCGACAAAGCAAUCCUCCGUGAACUCAGCUCUCUCCUCUUCAAAUAUUCUCAGGCUUUCGAUGGAGUUGUACUGGCUUACAGUGUUGAGCCUCAAGAUAAAUGUGCGAGAAUUCUCUCUGGGGUUCACCCUUAUCUUGGUGUCAGACUACAAGCAAACAUGUUAAUCUUCUCGCCGAAGCCGAACAUGCUUUUAGAGGGGAAGGUGGUGAAGCUUACGCGGGAAUCUAUUCAUUGCAUUGUUCUUGGUUUCUCAUCUGCAAUUGUAACAGAUGAAAAUAUCCGCAACGAGUUAAAGUAUAAAUCUAAACAUGGCGAGGGGGUAUAUGUGAGCAGAUAUCACAAGCGACAUGUGAUAAAGGUUGGAGCUGUGCUACGUUUUGUUGUCAAGAGCUUGGAUGAGGAAAUACUACACAUUUCAGGAUCCUUGAUUCCAGCCAAUACUGGAAGUGUUCAUUGGUUGGAUAAAUAUUAUGUGGAUGCUGGAACUGACAGUAACAAGAAGGCAAGGAGACAGAUUGAGGAAGAAGUUGAAAUGCAAGAGCAGGUCAUUGUAGGCGGAGAGACAUUGCCUUUGGUUAAUGACCACGAAGUCAAGAGGUCAAAGAAACGUAGAAGAGCAGAAGAUCAAUGAAGGCUGUUGUUGCUUCCUGGUUGUUUACCAUUCUCGUUGUAUCUUUUUGAUCCCAGUCUGUUGUAUAAUCAGUCAAACAGUUUUAAUUCCUAUACAAAAUCUUUUUUUUCAUCCAUUUGUAUUCGGGGUUGAAUUGUUAUUCCUACCUAUUUAUUCUUAACCCCAACAUUGAUUAACAUUGACCUCUCACCAAGUACAUCUCUCGGGAUACAAUUUGUUGUAAAUACAAAUAUUUUACUUAAAGUAAUUUGAAUUUCUGUA